UUUACUUUCCUGUAAGAGAUCGUUAAUUUCCCCCUAGUUUUAGAAGAGCUCGCUUCACUGGUAAGCUACCUAUGGCACGUUUCUCUUCUUUUCUCGUGAUCGCUGCGAUGGCAGCCAUGGCCUUUGUAGCCAUUGCCCACCCAUAUCAACCUUCUGGAUGGAUUACUGUUCCGAAUGUGAAGAAGAACAGCCAUGUUCAGUACUUGGGAAAGUUUGCUGUUACAAGGUAUAAUGAGCAGAAAAAGGCUUAUCUCGAGUUCAUUCAGGUGACAAAAGCACAGGUACUUGAUCGCGGCACGGAGCACUACACAUACAAGUUGGUGAUUAAGGUUCAUGAUGGCUACGCUGUCAAGUCUUUCAAGAGCGAAGUGUUGCAAGAUCUGUCUGCACCUGGCCAGCCCCCCGUCCUCAACUUGGGUUACUUCAUGCCCCUGUGAUCACACAUAUAUUGAUAUGAUGCUCAGCAUGUUAUGAUAUUAAUUUUCAGCCAUUGUACUACCCAAAUAAGCAGCCCUGUCAUGGAAUGGUGCUGCACCCAGUCGAAUGCAAUAGGGAAUAAAAUGUUUGGAUCAUCUUCUUGCUUAUUAUAAUACCUGAGAGAUCAACAAAGGCCUAAUUUGCUUGGUCAAUGAUUUGAUUAUUUUGCUACUAAUGCUUAUAAUCAAUCUAUUAUAGAAAUUGCAACUACA